AUGCACAGCUCGACAGCAGCCUUCCUUCUCGCCCUGCUGGGCACGGCGAGUUCCUCCCCUCUCACGAUCCAGCCCCGUCAGGCCGACUUCUCAGGGAAUCAGCAAGAUGGUCUCGCCGCCGGGUGCCAGUCCAUGAUCGUCAUCUUUGCCCGCGGCACCACCGAGGGAGGCAACGUUGGGACCAUUGCCGGCCCGCCCUUCUUCCAGUCCCUUGCGACUCAGGUCGGCGGCAGCCUUGCCGUCCAGGGUGUCGAGUAUCCCGCCGAUAUCCCCGGUUUCUUGGCCGGAGGUGACGCCAACGGAUCCCAAAUGAUGGCCACUCUUACUGAGCAAGCCAUCACCAACUGCCCCAACUCGGCCGUCAUCAUGUCUGGAUACUCCCAGGGUGGACAGCUCGUCCACAACGGUGCUGCGAUGAUGCAGCCUGACAUGGUGGCCAAGGUUGCUGGUGCCGUUAUUUUCGGUGACCCGCUCAACGGACAAGCUGUCCAGGGCGUGGAUGCCGCCAAGACCAAGGUCAUCUGCCACAACGGCGACAACAUCUGCGAGGGCGGCAACCAGAUCCGCCGCGCUCACUUGACGUACGGCAAUGACGCUGAUGAGGCUGCCACCUUUGCUGCCUCGAUGAUGCCGGCUGCUGCGGCCCCUGCUGCGGCUUGA